UAAUCUUGUGAUGUUUGCUCGAGGCGAUGUAGCCUUGAUUGUCACAGUAGAUUGGUGUUGGGCCGGGUGUCGUUGAGGAGGCGGCGAAGCCAGAUGGCCUCUUUGCAUGCGGAACUAGCCUCCGCCUCACAGCUGGAGCAGGCAACGACGCUCUUCUUCUUGCUGCUAACUGCAUUGUGAAGGCUAAACAAUUUAGCCAAAGCCAGCCCAGUAAGCUUGACUCUUGGCCUUAAGACCGUAAGAAAACGUAUCUCGGAAGUACCAAAAGACGCGUUUAAGUGCUUGCCAAUGUUGAGGUCCAGGAUUGUCAAGGGUUCUUACACAAAGUGGAAUUCGAAUGGAUUAGCGCACCUUCCAUGGCGUCCAUAUCCCCUCUAAAACUAGAAAAAAAACUCACUCCAACAAGCGAACGAGGCAUUUUCCUAGGCUAUGGCAUUGAACACAAGGCUUACAAGGUCUACAAUCCUGUCUCCAAGACGCUGAUCAUCUCACCAGACGUGCAUUUCAAUGAGACUCCAUCGUCAAGUGGGAAAAAAUCUGCCUUUGCCAGUGCUGCCCACUUCCCUCUGCAGCUUGUUCUAGCACCACCGGCUCUUGUCCCUCCUGCCCUGCCCGGCCCUCAAGCCAUGCCCAAUCCGAACGACCUGCGAAUCUUCGAGACUCACUGCAGCCGCUCCUCUUUGCAGAUCUUCUCGCCAGAACAAGGGCAAGCCACCACCACGGCUGAUUGUUCGCAGCUGUACAAGACAUCCCUGAAAGUCUUGUGGAGACUUUACUUGCUGGACUGGAACUUCGGGGAAUUCCAAGCAGCUCUCAAGUCUCUUGAAGUUGACAGGGAAAAAUGGAAAGAUGCCUUUAUCAUUCCCCUUCACCUUGGUGAGACAAGCGCCUCAUGGACGCAAGCUGUGACUGUAAUGGGAGGAAGCGGAGGUGGGGAAGAAUGGGGAAAGGGGUGGAGGCGGAGGAUUUGGAGGAGAAUUCGCCGCCGUCUCCCAGCGUGACUUGUCAGCCACGUGGCUGUCCGCCCCUUCAAUUAGCCAAAUAAUGGUGGUAUUGAAAUGAAAAAUCGUUUUAGGAAAAUGCUAUGGAUGGUCGUGGCAGCACCAGGAAGGGCCGGAGGAUGGCGUGGGCUGACCCUGGAUGAGCAUUCUCCGGAAGGUCCUUUCGAAAAGAUUGUGGAUCUUGUUAACAACAGGAAGGCGCAAUUCGGAAUUGAAAAGCUCGGCCUGCUGGCUCAUCACCGAAAACGAGCCCGGCCUGGAACAUUCGAUGUUGCCGCUGAUCAUGAUCACCAAUGCGAUGGCAAGAAGCAUCCUUCCACGAUCCAUUCCAGCCACAAAGCACUAAACGUAGUGAUGAUAUCGUUGUAUAAGAAC